CGCCUCUUCGUCACUCCCCGCUCAGCCGCUCGCGCUCCCAUCUGACGUGGGCCCCACACACCCGCCUUUCUCCCGUGCUGCGCGCGCAGGUCCCCGCAGACCCGGAAGCGAUGGCGUGAAGGGGAGGUCGUGGUGAGAACCCCGAGGCUCCCUCGGUGUCAGAGCAGGACUAACUUCUGGAAAGUGAUAUUAUCUGAAGAGGAAGCCCCAGGGAGGAGGAAGAGGGAAGAAAAGGAGCCAAGGAUGGCGGCUGUGACUCAGUUGACAUUCGGAGACGUGGCUGUGGAGUUCACCGGGGAGGAGUGGCGGUGCCUGUCCCCUGCUCAGCGGGCUCUGUACAGGGAAGUCAUGCUGGAGAACUACAGGAACCUGGUCUCCGUGGGAAUCUCCCCUCCCAGCGUGAGUGUGAUCCCCCUGUUGGAGCAUGGGGAAGAGCCCUGGGUGGCACAGACUGACGUGGAAACACCAGGAGAGUUGAAUGGUUGGGAAGGCACCAAAGGCGUGAGCGCAGGUAAGAGCUCAGAUGUGCAGAGAUGGAGCUGGGGAACUGGCCACAAAUGGAAGUCUUCUGUAGGAAAACAUUAGUUCCUCUGCUGUGAGCCCUAAAGGACUUUAGAAUUUCCCCCACUUGUCACUCUGUCCUUCAGAGUUUUAUGCCAUUCUGUAUGUCCACUACAUUUCCUUCAUGCAUUGAAAGACUCCCAGGCUCACUCCCCAGCUAAUGGUGGGUGUACAGUACCCCAACAUCUCUUCUGAGUAGUUUAUU